AUGGGGUCUUUCUCAGGGCACAGUCUACUUCGUCUUCUUUUCACCAUUGGCCUGGUGUUGUCCUUCAUCCUGACAGCCUCCUCCGCUCCCCCCGACAUUCACGGCCGGGAUGUCACCUACAACUACGACGUGGUCAUCUACGGCAGCACCGUAGCUGCUAUGGCCGCUGCCGUUCAGGUCAAGCGCAUGAAGAAGACAGUGGCCGUUGUCUCUCCGACACAAACCAUCGGCGGCCUCACAGCAUCGGGUCUUGGCUGGACGGAUGCUAAAAACGGGGACACUAUUGGCGGCAUUGCUAGGGAGUUUUACAAGAAGAUCUACGCGGCCUACCUUCAAGGUGGCUGGACGUAUGAGACACGAGCCGCUUACGUUGGGAAGAACAUCCGCGCCCAGCCAGGCACUGCAAUUCAGGGCAACAAGCAGGUCCAGUGGACCUUCGAGCCCAGGGUUGCAGAGGCCGUCUGGGAGAAAUGGAUGAAGGAUGGCAAGAUUCCCGUUUUUCGAAACCAGCCAAUCGACCGUUCCGGCCGUGUUAUCAAGAACGGGAACAAAAUCAUAUCCUUCAGAACACUACCGGGGUCUAUCUUCAGGGCCAAGAUGUUUAUCGAUGCCAGCUACGAGGGCGACCUUAUGGAGCAGGUCGGUGUUCCGUACCGCACAGGACGUGAGAGCAAGAGCGAGUACGGCGAGAGCCUAGCUGGAGUGGUCAUCAACACCCCCAAGCUACUCACGAGAUCAGUUGACCCCUACGUGGUAAAGGGCGACCAAGGCAGCGGCUUGAUCGCAGGUAUCGGGCGAAGCAUCAAUGAUCCUCCCUCUCUUGUCGGCACUGCGGAUCCCUUCCGCAUCCAAGCUUACAACUACCGGCUCUGCCUUACCAAUGUGCCUGCCAAUAGAGUCCCCUUUUACAAGCCCGCUAGCUACAAUGAGUCCACCUACGAGAUCCUCUUCCGCUACAUCGAGGCAGGCUACGGGGGGCCCUUCUUCACGACCCAGCUCAUGCCCAAUAUCAAGACUGACUCCAACGCACAAGGCGAGGUCAGCACAGAUCUAUUCGGCCGCAACUUUGAUAGCAACGCCAGAUCAAACUACGCCCUAUACUCAUACGCGCGGCGUAAGGCGGCUGCGCAGGAGCACAAGCUAUACACGCAGGGCUUCCUCUGGACGCUAGCCAACCACCCACGAGUCCCGGCAUCAAUCCGAAAGUCUCACUCAAACUGGGGCUACGCCAAGGACGAGUUCGUCAGCAACGGCAACUUUCCCUACGAGCUGUAUAUCCGGGAGGGCCGGCGCAUGAGGGGCGUCUAUACUAUGACCCAGGAAGAUGUCCUCCAGCCGGCGCCCUUUGUCAACGACGUUGCCAUUGCCACGGGCUCAUACUUCCUUGACGUCCACGCAAUCGAGCGUGUCCUUGUUAACGGGAAGAUCUACAACGAGGGAGGCAUUCACCAUGUGACCUACAAGCCAUUCCCUAUCGCCUACAAUUCCAUUAUCCCUGCUGCAAACGUGGCAACCAACUUCCUCAAUCCCGUUACGAUGAGCGCGACGCAUGUUGCUUUCUCUGCUAUCCGCAUGGAGCCUGCAUAUAUGGCCAUGGGCCAGAGCGCUGCCACAGCGGCUGUCAUGGCGAUUGAGCAGAAUGUCGGGGUACAGAACAUCAACCGCGGCAGACUGAGAGCACGCCUCCUGGCGGAUAACCAGGUUCUCGGUCUGUGA